GAAAAAGUACGGUUGAACGAAUACUCAACUGGACAUCACAAACAGUAAUGACUAUAUAACUCCUGAGUCAAGGUCGGAAUGUCCAACGAAUAGUGUAAAAAUAGAUCAUAUUCCGUUAGAUGAAGAUGUACCACAAAUAUCAAAGAAGUUGGAAAAACUGGAAAAUAUGAAGAUCGAAGAUUUGCCGAAAUUCACUCAAGAAGAAAGAAUUACCAUUUUUGCUCGUGAAUUCGAGAUGGAUAAUAAUUAUGAAAAUAUCUCAAAUAGCGGUAUUAGAAGAUCAACGCAAGAAAUAGAAUUAUUCAAACAACCACACUAUGAUAUGCUCUGCUACAGCGAUGAAUACGUAGAUGAUAAUUAUGUUUUCGAAAGGGAAAUGGAGCACAAAUAUUUCUUAAAAGAAGAUUUUUUGAAAGAUCAUUCUAUAACUCUAGAGCUGAGAGAAGGUACUUUGAAUUAUCUUCUUCACAUCUGUAAUUAUGUAGGAGUACCAGCCGAAAUCCUUCACCUUUCUGUGGCCAUAUUCGAUAGAUUUCUGCAGGAAAAACGUAACACACCUGUGCAGUUCCUGAAUUUAUUAGCGAUUGGCUCGCUCAGAAUCGCAUUGAAAGUCGAACAUCGGCAAAGUGAUUUACCCUUUACAAGUGAAUUAGGUCUUUUAACUGAUAGAGAAUACAGCAGUACUCAAAUACUCUCCAUAGAGAAGAAAAUAUGCAGCGUUUUAGAGUUCAAUGUGGUGUUUCCUUCUCCUGUUUCAUUUCUGCAUAGGUGCAAUCGUUUAGUGAGAAUGACGAUAUUAGAGCAUACCCUAGCGAUGUACCUAAUCGAAAUUUUCUUUUUAAAUUAUAGAACGUGUACGAUAAAGCCAUCACUUCAGGGGGCAGCAGCGUAUUGCUUAUCUAGGGCUUUACUGAAAAACGAAGAAGAUCUGGAUAAAAUCUGGACUGCUGAAAUGGAGUAUACUUCUUAUACUUUAUCAACAUUGAGGCCUGUUAUCCGUUUGUUGGUGCAUAGCCUUUUGAUUAUUGGAAAUGCAGGAACACGCUCAAUUUUGUAUAAGAAAUAUGCACAACCUGAAUAUUUUCUGAUCAGCACAUUCCAGCAAUUAAAAGAACCAGCUAUCCUCAGCCGAUUCAGAUAAUUAUAAGAUCAAUAAGGAGGGGUUUAUUCAAUAGUGAUAAUUUCCAAAGAAUAUUUUGAUCUCAUUGAGUAUUAUUUAAUAGGCAUUCUUCAUAGAGAUCUGACCUGAAUGCGGCUGUGACAUUUUUGUGAGCUUCAUCGUCUUCCUCUUUACAAUAUGUUAUUUUUGUUUUUAAAUAUAAAAAAUUUAUUAUGAAUAUUAUGCUAUUAUU